AUGAGCCCGAGGGGUGCCGGGGAGAGACGGAGGAUUUGGUGGCAGGCGGCCUUGCCAGUGACCCUGAGAGGCAGCUACGCCUACCUCGCUUCAGUGAUCAGCGCCGCCCACCUCCUGCACUCCCUGGAGGACUCGUUGCACCCUGCUGUCGCCGCACUCCUCCCCCUACUGGACCCGACCCACGGCUCUCCGCACGCACUGCCAGCACGCCUCGCUGCGGCUGAGGCAGCUCUCCCCCCCGAGGCUCUCGAGGCGCUCCAGGCCGGGAAGGCGGACCCCAAGGGACUGAAGCUGCAGCAGAGCCUAGCACUGGCGGCGCUGGACGCGCGGUUCCGCCACGACCAUUACCUCCGCGUCGACCACAUCGCGCACACCCACUUGCGUUCGAGUGCACUGGCGACUGCUGGCGAGACGGCCCCCGCCGCUGCUGGUGGUCAGGGGAACGAUCUCCGCGACGAGGGGAGUAGAGCCGCCGGCGCUUUGCACGAGGAGGCGAACGCGGAGCCGGGGACCGACAUCCAGACACACGACGAGCAGGCGAACACUGACGAGGGGGACGAGGAGCGGACGAACGAUGACGAUGCGAGCGGUGGUCGUGGGACCUGCUCCGUGACACCACGCGACGAGGCGAACGAGGCGACGGCGGUGAACGAGGAGUCCGCGGCGAAUGAGCCACAUCGCGACGAUCGUCGCGGCGGUUCUCCCGCUUGUCAUGGCGAGCAGCCGAGGAACGAUGGCGAGGCGAACGCUCCCGGUGCGCCACAGCCUCUGCGCCGGAGCGCACGACGGACCCCGCAUGCUCAGGCGCCCUCCGAGGCGAGGAUCCGCCCGCGCGCGGAGCCAGCUCGAGCUAGUGACCCUCGAAGCGGUGACGAAUUUCAUCUGCGGAUGCCGGCGGAACAACAGGUACGCUCGCGACAGGACGAGUAG